CACAAUCCAUUUCCUCGUUCAACUUUUUUUUCUGCGGUGAGGAUCUCCCAAAUCAGAAGAGAGAGUCGAUAUGCAAUCCCGUUCCGCCCUCCUCUCUCGCUUCCUUCGACCUGCGUCGUCGAGAUUCUUCUCCUCUUCCUCUCCGAUCACUCCCGUCUCAUCCACAACAACUCAAUCCCCCAGGACCCUCGAGUCUCUCCGAGCGCGUCUGGCGGACGAGUCGCCUUCCCUCACCGACUUCAUCCACGGCGAUACCUACUCCGUCGAGGUCGGCACCAAGAAGAAGCCCCUCCCCAAGCCCAAAUGGAUGAAGGAGUCGAUCCCCGGCGGCGAGAGGUACGUCCAGAUCAAGAAGAAGCUCAGAGACCUUAACCUCCACACCGUCUGCGAGGAGGCUAAGUGUCCCAACCUCGGCGAGUGCUGGUCCGGCGGCGAAACUGGAACCGCCACCGCUACGAUUAUGAUCCUCGGGGAUACGUGUACACGUGGCUGCAGAUUUUGCAAUGUGAAGACAUCGCGCACGCCUCCACCUCCUGACCCCAACGAACCUAACAACGUGGCUGAAGCAAUCGCAUCGUGGGGUGUUGAUUACGUCGUCAUCACCAGUGUAGACCGUGACGAUCUGCCUGAUCAGGGGAGUGGACAUUUUGCACAAACUGUGCAGAGAUUGAAAGCUUUGAAGCCGGAGAUGCUGAUAGAAGCUCUAGUUCCUGAUUUUCGCGGAGAUGGUGGAUGUGUUGAGAAGGUGGCGAAGUCAGGGCUUGACGUCUUUGCGCACAAUAUUGAGACGGUUGAGGAGCUUCAGAGCUUUGUGAGGGAUCACCGUGCUAACUUUAAGCAGUCGAUGGAUGUGCUUAGGAUGGCUAAGCAGCAUGCGCCUGCAGGGACCUUGACGAAGACGUCGGUGAUGCUGGGAUGUGGGGAGACUCCUGAUCAAGUGGUCAAGACUAUGGAGAAAGUGAGAGCGGCGGGGGUUGAUGUUAUGACGUUCGGCCAGUAUAUGCGGCCUUCUAAGCGUCACAUGGCUGUAGCUGAGUACGUGACACCGGAGGCUUUUGAGAGAUACCGCCUUCUUGGCAUGGAAAUGGGAUUCAGGUACGUAGCAUCAGGGCCGAUGGUGAGGUCGUCGUACAAAGCAGGAGAGUACUACAUAAAGUCCAUGAUAGAGGCUGAUCGAGUUUCUUCCUCUCCGUAGAUACUCAUUCCAAGAUUACGCUGUGUGAAUUAUUUCACGUUAUUGCUUUGUUUACUCUGAAUAAUGAUGAGAAAAUGUAAUACUAUCAUUUGUCAUUUGUGUGUUUAUUCUUCUCUCUCACUAUACGAUCAUUGUCCUUCAUCUUUCUCUGAUAUGUACAACUCUGCUCCAUCGUCUACCUUUUGUAGUUUUGCAUCA